UGGGGGUGGGGGGCGAGAAGCGGGUCCCCAAGACACUGCCCGUCGGACACUGAUUGCAGCUCGGGCCUCCCGGGUGGGCCUGGCGCACCUUCGCCGCUGGUCCAAAGGGCGCCCGGCCUCUGAGUGCUGGUCUCCCGAAUUGCGUCUCGGCUUCCCGGAGGGCUUGGGGUUGGCUCGGAGGCGCUGCGGGCAACAACAAACAAUUUUAAUGUCAAAGCAUCUUGGACUAAGACACUUCCAACUGUGCUGAAAAACUUAGGAGAUGGACAGAUUUUCCUUCCUUCUUACUUGAAAGGAAUUAAAGAAGAAACAAAGUGGCAGAGGUUUAAAGUUAAUAUUCAGGAUGAAUGAUGAUAAUUCAGAUGACAAGACCGAAGACAAACUGCAGUCCUUAUAUAUUGGUGAUAGAAAUGGCAACACAUAUGCAUACAACCAAAAAUCACCAGCUACCCAAAACUCUUCAACCAAUAAUGUGAGCUGGAAUUCUGCCAACCCAGAUGAUAUGGUGGUUGAUUAUGAAACCAGCUCUGCUGUGAACAUUGGUGAAACGAUUUCUUUAAACCCUCAGAGUGUUGACGUACUUGAUCACCAAAAAUCUUCAAAUGAUUUCCUCAGUAAGGAGACAUUAGACAUAUAUAAGGGUUCUGCAUGUCAGUCUUUUGCAUGUGUUAUAAAUUCUGAGGAACCCAAAUAUUUGCAUAACAGUUGUCAUUCCCUAGAAUCAUUUCAGGACCAGAGUGUUGAGACAUCUCUGCCUUUUGCGUGGAAACGUAACAAGGAUGAUUUGACCUUGUGUAGAGUCACUACAGAUGACUCUAGUGCCUUGGCGCUAAAUCAGACCUUUGACAUGAAAAUGGAUAACAUUCAUGAUACCUUUGUAGUACAUCCCAACAUCGAAAAGAGUCAGGCUUUGCAUUCUACUGCAAGCCUGCCACCAACCGGCACGAGAAAUCGAAAUACAUCUCUAUCCUGUUCCCGUCCUACAUUCUCCCAUGCUGAUGAGAUGCAUGUGAGAGAAACACAUUGUGAUAAAGACAGCUUUGAAAACCCUCAAGCCACAGCAUCAGAGUCCCAAGACACAAGUUACACAGCAUUUUCUGAGGUGGUGAUGCAAACUGAUGUUGUUGUUCCAGAUAUUGGAAGUGAGUGUCACUGUUCUUCAGAAAAGGUCACCAGUGAAUACCCAGAUGGGGUACAGCAAAGAUUAGGUGGAGAAAAAGAGAUACAAGCUCUAACACCAGUUUCUGAUGGCAUGGAUGUCUCCAGUGGGUCUGUAUUACAAGAGUUCUUUUGUUCAUCUAAAGAUGAACCAAAGAGUGAGAUGCAUUCAUGGAGCUCAUAUGGGCAAAAGGAAAUGGGCCAAAAUCUAAGAGAAACAGUGUCUAAUUGUCUUAUAGAUGAUGAAUGCUCUUUACUGGUGCCAACUUUUGACAAUAGCACAACCCAAGGGCUAGACCCAGAACAUCAAGUCACUGUGGCUAAAGACACACCAGUUGCCUCCAAUGGAAAGGAUUCGGGAACCCAAAAUCAUACCAUAGAAUGGGUACUAAAUGGAAGCAUGGCAGGGCAAAAGGUGGCUUCAUCAUUUGAACUGAGUUGGGAUACAGAUAAUAUGGCUAUUGGUACAAAUAACCUAAUUGGAAUGUCCACACCAAUCCUAGAACCCACAAAGGCAAGCUUUUCUAUUUCACCCAUUGACCUGACGGAUAAAUGUAGUAAAAUUCCGAAGAGUAAUCGAGAGCUUAGAAAUUUACCAAACUUGAAGGGGGCACAGAUGAACAUGUCUAAACCUACUCUAGGAAAAUCAACAACCAAAACAAAUACCCCUGUAGGCAGCAAAGUUAGAAGCACUGAAAUUAUAAGUUACCCAAGACCAAACUUCAAGAAUGUUAAAGCGAAAGUUAUAUCCAGACGAGUGUUACAGCCCAAGGACCCUGCUCUGUCAGAGGCCAUCCCCACAUCUCAGUUGACCGGUACCUCAUUGCCCUCAUCAGUGUCUUCCUCAAGACAGGAGACAGUUUUGAACAAAACACCAACAUCUGACUUGAAUGCAGAGCCAAAAGCAGAGAUCCUAAUUAAUAAGACACACAAGCAGCAAUUUAAUAAACUCAUCACGAGCCAGGCUAUGCAUGUUACAACUCAUUCUAAAAAUGCUUCACACAAGGUUCCAAGAGCAACAUCUGCCAUGAAAUCAAAUCAAGAAGAUGUUGACAAAGCAAGUUCUUCUAACUCAGCAUGUGAAACUGGGCCCGUGGCUGCCUUUUUUCAGAAGAUCAAAGGUGAACUCCCUGUUAAAAUGGAAAGUACAGAAUGUGUGGAAAUGACCUAUACUUCCAACAUCGAUGGGAUUAGCCCUGAAAAGAAGGGUGAAAAAGAAAAUGGGACAUUGAUGGCAAAACAACAGCUGAAAAAGGAAAUUAUGAAUGAGACCUUUGACUGCGGUUCUCUGUUUUUGGGUUCUGCUCCCAAAAGGGCAACCAUCUCAGGUAGGAAUAUAACCAAGCCCAACUCCUCCAUCUUGAGGAAAAUACCUGUUCCGAAAGCAAAAGUGGGGCCUUCUAUUUCCUGUUGGAGGCGGAACAGUGACAGCAGAAAUCUCAACUCUGAUCGCACCCUAUCGCCCCAGAGGAUCAGGCUUGUGCCCAGUUCUGCUGGUAAUGCCACUGUCGUCAAGUUUGAGGAGAAACCUCCAAAACCAGCAUUUCAAAACGGUACCUCGGGAUCCUUGUAUUUGAAGCCUUUAGUACCCCGAGCUCAUGCACACUUACUAAAAACUCCUUCAAAAGGUCCUUCAAGAAAAAGUCUAUUUACAGCUUUUAAUGGAGUUGAGAAGGGCAGGCAAAAGAAUGCCAGAAGUUUAUGUAUCCAGACCCAGACCUCUCCAGAUGUGCUGUCCUCGGAAAAAACACUCGAGUUGGCACAGUUUAAGACAAAAUGCGAGAAGCAAAGUGGAUGUAUCCUGCAGCUCAAGCAGCUGCUCUCCUGCGGCAACGCCAAGUUUGAAGCAUUAACGGUUGUGAUUCAGCACCUACUCUCCGAGCGGGAGGAAGCACUGAAACAACACAAAGCCCUGUCUCAAGAACUUGUUAACCUCCGGGGAGAGCUAGUCACUGCUUCAACCACCUGUGAGAAGUUAGAAAAAGCUAGGAAUGAGUUGCAAAUUGCUUAUGAAGGAUUUGUCCAGAAGCUCAACCAGCAGCACCAGACUGAUCUAACAGAACUGGAGAAUCGGCUGAAGGAAUUUUACACCGGGGAGUGUGAAAAGCUUCAGAAUAUCUACAUUGAAGAGGCAGAGAAGUAUAAAACUCAAUUGCAGGAGCAGUUUGACAACUUAAAUGCUGCCCAUGAAACCUCUAAGCUGGAAAUUGAAGCGAGCCACUCAGAGAAAAUAGAAUUGCUAAAGAAGGCCUAUGAGACCUCCCUUUCAGAAAUCAAGAAAAGCCAUGAAAUGGAAAAGAAGUCACUUGAGGAUGUGCUUUAUGAGAAGCAGGAAUCACUAGAGAAACAAAUCGAUGAUCUGAAGAGUGAAAAUGAUGCUUUAAAUGAAAAGCUGAAAUCAGAAGAACAAAAAAGAGUAUCAAGAGAGAAAGCAAAUUCAAAAAGCCCUCAGAUCAUGUACCUGGAGCAAGAGUUAGAAAGCCUGAAAGCUGUGCUAGAGAUCAAGAAUGAGAAACUGCAUCAGCAGGACAUCAAGUUAAUGAAAAUGGAGAAACUGGUGGACAACAACACAGCAUUGGUGGACAAACUGAAGCGAUUCCAACAGGAGAAUGAAGAAUUAAAAGCUCGGAUGGACAAGCACAUGGCAAUUUCAAGGCAACUUUCCACAGAGCAGGCUGUCCUGCAGGAGUCACUUGAGAAGGAAUCCAAAGUCAACAAGCGGCUUUCCAUGGAGAACGAGGAGCUGCUGUGGAAGCUGCACAACGGGGACCUGUGCAGCCCCAAGAGGUCUCCCACGUCCCCUGCCAUCCCCUUCCAGUCACCGAGGAACUCCGGCUCCUUCCCCAGCCCCAGAUCUCACCCAGAUGACCCUCCUGGGAGUCAGAGACAGACUGACUGCAGUUCUGCAGGGCUGACCCCACCCGCAACCGUGGAGUCACCUUCACCCACACGCAUCGCCCGCGGUAGAACUGGAAAGUCACGGCCAGAACGGCUCCUUCUGAGAACUGAGACCGGAACUCUGGAGGGAGGCUUCCAACCUGGUCCAGGAGAUGCCUCCCCAAGAGAUGCUGUCAGAAUGGAUCUCCACGGACCCUGUUGCACAAAAGCACUUACAGAACGAGAAGAUCUUGUUCAUUGCCUUUUCCACCUACGGGUAAAGGGGAAAACUCUCAGGGGCCUGUCAAGAUUUAUAUAACCUUUGUAAUGUUCUUCACCACAGACACCUUCUUAUGAUUUGUAUUUUGGUCUGACUGGGGAUGUGUGAAUGAAAUGUUUGUACCCGACGUCACCUGUCUGAUGCUGCCUCCUUUGCUGUGUGUUUGAGUCAAGAGCUGAAUCUCUCUGGAGAUGAGCUAUUCCCAUAAUGGUCCAUGCAUGCAUCUCUGCAAAGCCAUAGAAGAAAGAGCAGUAGUUGCUGGAAUGAGGAUUCUUUGCGCCAGCUCCACUCGGCCCUUUGGCACAGGGGAGGGGAGGGCAGGAAGCACUCAGCCUUGCCCUGGCUGUACAUUCUCCGCCUCCCUUUGGGGUAGCUUGCUGCAAGCCUUUCAAUAUUCAGCCCAUGUCACCUGAACCUAGCUAGAUUUUUUUAAAAACUUAUCUAUUUCACUUACCUGAAGUACCCCAAUUCAUUUCCUCAGGCUAUGAGCAAAUGUAAAACCCUAAUUUGCUUUUUAAAAAAUCUGUACGAAGAAAGGGCAGUACCAAUGGCUUUCUUCUGCUUUCUUUUUAUCUCAGUCUGAGCUAUAGUCUCAGUGCUUUAAACUGUCUUCCCUCCCACUAUCUCCAUUUCCCCCUCCCUUGCUUUUUUUUUUUCCCCUCCCCCAGCCAGAGCCACAAAAAGCAAACCUUUCCUCCUCUUCUCUGGGAUGAGGAAUAUGCUUUUCCAGAGCCAGCUCAUCUUCAAGGUGCUGAACCAUGUUCCAAAUAAGCCAAGGCCUGGAUCCGAUGGUACAGAUUUGGGGAACGCUUAGAUUAAAGAGUGAGGAAGAGGCAUGGGUUGGCAGAACUAAGGUGUGGGAUUCAGUGCUCCCUGAUGAAUUAGGAGCACCUUGCUAAGAGAACAAAACUGUGUGGGAAGAUAAUGCCAAAUUUCCAUGUACCUUUGAGGAAUGCUUCCGUCCUUGGAAAUGUAGCAGAAUGGGCAGCCGAUGAGGGGGAAAUGUGGCUUAUACCACUCUUUUGCAAGUUGCAUUUCAAUUUCGUUUCAGAACUUCAUGUGUUUUAUCUCACCCAGUUCUAAUAUUUCAGGGGAGGUGAAAGGAAGAACUGUGGCUUCUCUCUCCCUCCUCCUGCCUGUGUCAACCUUGUGCUAUCAGUAUUUACUAAGCAGUGUUGCUAACGUCCAACGGCUAUACAAAUAAGCCCUUGAGUCAGAAGAGAUUCAGGAUGCUAGAGGUGGAUCUUCAUUCACACGUGUACUACAUAGCAGAUGGAUAUUCAUGAUGCAGGUUUUGUGUUUUACUAGUAAGUGUAUCUGAAAGUCUUUAACUUCCAACAGUGUAUUAUAUAUGUAACCUGCCAUGUUUCUUUCUGAUAAGUGGGAAUGUGGGUUCACCGCCCCCCUGUGGCAUCUCUGCCAACCCUUCCAUGUUGUUCUCAAUGUCAUUAGCCAAAGCUGAGUUUGCCAUCCCUCCCCUGUGCAUGAUAAACUGCGUGCUGUCCCCUGCAAUCCUCCAUCCCACGUAGGUGUCUGGGGACAUCUUUUUCACACAGUUAGUAGAAAAGGUCUUCAGAGAAUGAGAGACAACAGGAGAGAAGAUAGGAAACAAAACAGAACUGUAAGACUAUUUUCAAACCAAAUAUUUCAUGUAGGAUGCAAAAUGUUGGCACGUCAUGAAAACAUGGAUGUGUAAACAAUGGUAGUUGUGCUAAUUUUGUAGUGAUGGAAAGUAUAUUUUACUUUGAUCAAAUAAAUAAUGCUGGAAUAUUCAAUAUAA